GUGCGGUUGCAGAGUAAAUUCGCUACUUCUCUUUUCUUUGCCUCUCUGAGGAGAUUCACUUUUACUUCGCAGACAGAUUUGUUGACCGGAUUUCAACUGGGGAAAUAACGAAAAGAGUGGAUGCAAAGAAUGUGAAGCAAUAUCUGUUAAGAUGGCGUCUUCUAACCAUUCCACCUCCAAUCUGCCUUCCUGCACCUACAAGGAGGACUUCAAGCGAUUCCUCCUCCCAUCCGUCUACAGCCUGGUCUUCAUCUUUGGUCUGCCGCUCAACUUCAUCAUAAUCCUGCGGAUAUGGGGCUCCCGACGCACUCUGACACGGACCAAAAUCUACAUGCUGAAUCUAGCGGUGGCUCCUGACUUCCUGUACGUCUGUUCCCUUCCACUUCUCAUUUACACCUACGCCAGCAAAGACUACUGGCCGUUCGGAGACUUACCUGCCGCCCUGGUUCGCUUCCAGUUCUACAGCAACCUGCAUGGAAGCAUCUUCUUCCUCACCUGCAUCAGCUUCCAGCGCUACAUGGGCAUCUGCCAUCCGCUGACAGUGUGGCCCAGACAAGGUGGACGCAGGCUGGCGUGGUUGGUCUGCGCUGGUGUUUGGGUGGCUGUCGUGAUUCUCUGCGCUCCAACGUUCGAGUUCGCCGCCACCGGCAUCCAGCGCAACCGCACGGUGUGUUACGACCUCAGUGUUCCAGAGCGCUCAACCGCAUACUUCCCAUACGGCAUCACUUUGACCUGUCUGGGCUUCAUCGUGCCCUUUCUAGUGAUUGUGGUGCUGUACUGCAAAAUGGCAUGGGUUCUCUGGCAGGUCUGCGAAGCCAGAGAAGUCUCGGCUAUAGAGAAGAAGAAUAAAGCUGUGAGGAUGAUCAUCAUUGUAAUGCUGGUGUUCGCCAUCAGCUUUUUGCCCUUCCACGUGACCAAGACGCUCUACCUGCUGGUGAGGACCUUUCCCACGGCCCCCUGCGAACUGAGGAACCUGCUGUCCGUGGUCUACAAAUGCACCAGACCCUUCGCCAGCAUGAACAGUGUUCUGGACCCCAUUCUGUUCUACUUCACCCAACCGCAGUACAGACGCAGCACCAGGAGUCUGCUGCUCAAGAUCACCUCGCUCAGAGACAAGUCUGACAAAAUCUGACUGGAGCACAUCUGCUUUGGUCGAAAGUUUCUCUAUGCUAAAGCAAGACAUUACAGUCAUAACCAUUGUUAUGUUGUGUUAUGUUAUGUUUUUUUUAAGCUAAAGUUUACAAAUUAGUACCUUUUGAAAGGGUUCCACCCUAGUGAAUUUUUUUUUUUACCUUCAUGUGUGUAGUGGGAAAAAAAAAAGAUUUCUGAGAAACGCUGCUGAUAGUUGAAAUCACUGAAACAAACACACCCCUAAUCAAAAGGAUCACACCUGUAUAGCUGUAUAGCUUGAUAGCUCCGCCCCCAAAUUCAUGAACAUGCUGUGCAGCACAGGCAUCUCCCCCAUCAUCACCCCUUACUGGUGAUUGGCUACAAGUGUGUUUUGGUGCUUGGUCCUAUCCACUUUCAAAAGCAUUUAUCAGAAAUCACUUACUUCACCUUUAAGUGUUUAUUUUGACACUUUAUCCAUUUGUGUCUAUAGAUUUUAACCAGAAAUCUCAACUUCAGCAGUACAUCAAACUUUUGU